AUGGACGGGGGUGGCGGCGUUAGUGGCAGCUCGUGUGCUGAAACAAAACAACAGCCGGCAGCAGCAGCAGCAGCAGCAGAACUACAAGUAGUAACCAGAGCCUCUAGCAACAAGCGUAGAGAUACUGCAUCAGCAGCAGCAUCGGCAGCAGCAGCAGCAGCACCUGCUGUUUCUGUUGGGUCUACUGGAGCGGCAGCAGCGGAUAUGUCUCCGCGUGCUGCUGCCAGGACCACCCCAAGGCGCCGUCGUCCUCUCCGCAGCUGCAGCAGUGCAGCAGCAGCAGCUGCACCACCACCGCCGCAGGCUAGGGAGUCACUUGUGGCUAAGGCCUCCCGCCACACUGCCGUGGGGUCAGCAGCAGCAACAACGGCUACAACAGCAGCAGCGGCAGCAGCAGAAGCGACACUAGCGGGGACAGCACGAGCUGCAGCAGUUACAUACCAGCACUGCAGCAGGACACCACGAACACGCCAGCAACAUUUGCAGCAACAGCAGCAGCAGCAGCAACAGCAGCAGCAGCAGCAGCAGCAGCAAAUCGACCCCACAGAGGCUGUAUCCUGCGGCCUUUUCUCGGGUACGGAGCAUCCGGCUGCUUCUUCUCUUUCAGAUGCGCAGGCAGCAAAGCAGCAGCUGCAGCAGCUGCAGCUGCAGCAGCAGCCGUCCUCUGCUGCAGCAUAUGUAGCAGCUCCUGCUGCAGCAGGACCAGCACCCGCUGCUGCUGUUUCUGCUGCCGCAACGAGGAGAUGCAACGCCACGCAGCAGCUGCGAGGCCAUGAGAUAGCAGCAGAAGCUACCUCUGAUGCUCCUGCUGCUGCUGCUGCUCAAGGUGGCAGCAACAGCAGCAAUAGCAGCAGCAGCAGAUGGGAUUUAAGGGCAGUCGCCGCUCGCUGUCGUGGCGCGGCGGAGGCAGCAGAGGGAACAGCAGCAGCAGCAGCUGCUGCAGCACCAUCAGCAUCUGAAGCAGCGGACGCUGAGGAAGCAGCAGCAGCAGCAGAAGGGAAUGAGAUAACUGCAGCAGCAAGGGCGGCGCUAGGCCGCCCAGCAGCAGCAGCAGCAGCAGCUCCUGCUGCUCCUGUAGGCAGGAAGCGAGUGGCAGCAGCAGCUGCUGCUACUCGCACAAGUCAUUCUAAGAGGUCAAGAAGGCAGCAGCAGCAGCAGCAGCAGCAACUGGAGCAGCAGCAAGAAGACAACUCUGUGGUUAGUGCUGCUGCCGGUGGCAUCGAGGCUGCAUUUGCUGCUGCAUCUGCAGCAGCAGCAGCAGCCGCUGCCGAGGGCCCCACAGGAGGGGUUCCAACAGAAGCUUUAAGGGAGCCUGUGGCAGCAGCAACAGCAGCAGCAGCAGCCAGUGCUGCUGCGCCAGCUUCUGCUGCUGUCGAGCUGCCCGCAGUGGAGGAUUCAGCAGAUCCCGUCAGCAGCAGCAGCAGCAGCGGGGGCAGCAGGACUCGGCGUGCUGCAGCUGUUGCUGCUGCUGCUGCGCUGCAGUCGUGCAUUCGAAAGCAGCGGCCGCCACCAAGCAAAGGCCCAGGCAGCAGCAGCAACAGCAGCAGCAGCAGCAGCAGUGAUUUAAUAUCCAGCAAUAGCAGCAGCAGCAGCACGAGUAGCAGCAGCAGCAGCAGCACGACGAUGGCAGUUGCGGGCUCCUCGAGUAGCAACGUCAGCAGCAGCAGCAGCAACAGCAGCAGCAGCAACAACAGCAGCUGCAGUUCUGUCGUUGCAUGCUUGCCUGCUCCCCCCCCACCAUCAUCAUCAACAUCAUCAUCAGCAGCAGCAGCUGCUGCAGCAGCAGCUGCAGCAGCAGCUGCUGCUGCAGUACCUCGUAGUCUUGCUGCAGUAGAGGCUAUAAGCUUGCUGCAACGUCUAUGGGUACGCCCUGUGCUGCUGUAUGUGGAGACACUAGAUCCGCUGCUGCUGCCAAAAAGAGACAGUUUUGCUGCUGCCUACUCGUUAGUGCAGCAGCUAACACAAACAGAGGAGACAGCACUGCAGGUGUAUUGUCUCUUUCGUAUAUCUCUUGCUGAAUGGGCAGCAAAACAGUUAAGAAUUAUACUGCAGCAGCAGCACCAGCAGCUACUGCAGCAUCAGCAGCAGCAACAGCAGCAGCAACAACAGCAACAACAGCAGCAUGGGGUAUUAAUACCCGCAAAGACACAAUGUAAUACAGCAGCAACGGGGGCUGGUAAUGCAACAUCUGCUGCAGCAGCUGCUGCUGCUGCUAAUACUGUUGCUGCUGCUCCUGGAGGAGGGGCUGCAGCAGAAGCAGCUGCAGCAGAAGAUGCAUGCAACUGCGGAGACGGGAAGGUAAUUUUCAGAGGAAGCAGUAAAAACAGCAGCAGCAGCAGCAGCAGCAGUUGCUGCUGCUGCAGCAAUGACAGCAACACCACUGCUGGUGCAGAUACGCAAAGAACCCGUAACACUUGUCUACGGUGUACAGGAAAGCAGCAGCAGCAGCAGCAGCAACAGCAGCAGCAACAACAACAGUUGUUGCUGCAGCAACAGCAACAGCAGCAGCAGCAACAACAGCAACAACAACAGCAGCAGCAGCAGCAACCGCAGAUGCACCCUCUGCUUCCUUUGUUACCCCCUCAUUGUUACCGUAUCCUGCCUUAUCCCCCAACCCAACAUCCCCAGCAGCAGCAACAGCAGCAGCAGCAGCAGCCGAACCCCCAGCAGCAGCAGAAUCCCCAGCAGCAGCAACAGAAUCCGCAGCACCAGCAGCAACAGCAUCAGCAGCAUCAGCAGCAUCAGCAGCAUCAGCAGCAUCAGCAGCAGCAGCAGCAGCAGCAAUUGGCAAUAUUAUUAUUACGAGAGCCGCAUGUUGCUGCUCUCGAGUCUACUCCAAUAACAGCAGCAACAGCAGCAACAGCAGCAGCAACAGCAACAGCAGCAACAGCAGCAGAAUGUCCGGUGGCUGAUAAGGGCGUGCAGCAACAAACGGCAGACUGCAAGGCCUCCAGCAGCAGCAGCAGCAGCAACAGCAGCAGCAACAGCAGGAGGACGGCGCGUGUAAUACAAUGGCGGCUGCUGUCUACAUCGCAAGCUGGUGAUGCCUCUGCUGCUGCUCGACAGCAGCAGCAAACUGCUGCUGCACUGCAGCAGCAACAGCAGCAGCAGCAACCCGUGCUCAUGAUGCAGCAGGCUGCAGCACAAAGAUGGCACGGACAAAUAAUGGGGGAGCAGCAGCAGCUUGGAGAGCUGCAGCAGCAGCAACAGCAGCCGCAGCUAGUGCAGCAGCAGCAGCACUUGCAACAGCAGCAACACCAGCCAACUGGCCGCUUCUUUGAUGACCUGCAGCACUUUAUGUUAACGCAAUCGGAAAGCUACUACUGCAGCAAAUGCAAGGAAUGGCUGCUGCAGGAUCUUGCUGCUGCACCUCCUGAGGCGCAGCAGCAGCUGCUGCAGCUGUUGAAGUGUGGGGACAAGCAGCAGCUGCAGCAGCCCCAUCAGCGCAUUGAUUUUACUGCAGCAGCAGAGUGUGCAGCUGCAGCAGCAGCUGCUGCAGCUGCAGCAGCAGCAGACCCUCAACAGCAGCAGGGACAGCGGGACGCAAAAAGAUGCUGGUUGCGGGCGUGUUGCGAUUCACAUGCAGCAGCAGCUGCUGCUGCAGCACGAGCAGCAGCAGGACCAGCAGCAGCAGCAGCAGAUGACGAUGAUGAAGAUACAGUAACAGUGACGGUUACCUGUAGCUGCGGCAGCAGCACAUCAUGCAGCGGUCCCCCUAGUUCACUGCAGCAGCAGCAGCAGCAACAGCAGCAGCAUAUGCGUCAGCUGAAGUUGCGUGCAUGCGAAGCUCGUUUGCUGCGUCGUUUACAUCAACAGCAACAGCAGCAGCAGCAGCAACAACAACAGCAGCAAGUGGGCAACAACAACAACACCACCACAACAACCAGCAACAGCAACAGCAGCAGCAACAGCAGCAGCAACAGCAACAGCUACACGGAGAGGGUACACCUGCUGCUGUCCCAGGAGCAGCAAAUAUUUAAUCUUGCUGCUCUCUGGCCACGACUGCAGCAAAAUUUGCUGCAGCGAGCAUCGAAGGUAACAAUCAUCGAUUGUCUGCAUGUUGUACUAUGCGGGCCUGGUGGGGUUGCUGAUCUGCUGCAGCAGCAUGCAUUCAUCUGUGAUCUGCAUGCAGCAGCACCAAUGCAGCAGCAGCAGCAACAACAGAAGCAGAGGGACGGAGGAGAAGGGGGAGAGGAAGAGGAUGUAGAGGACGAGGAAGAGCAGCAGCAGCAGCAGCAGCAGCAGGAAGAGACUGGUUGGGAUUCUGGAGGUCAUGGUAUAUGGGAAUGCAGCAGCAGCAGCAAUGGUAGCAGCAGCAGCAGCAGCAAUAACAGCAAUAACGGCAGCAGCAGCAGCAACAGCAACAGUCAUGCAUGCAGCAGCAGCUGCACAACAGCAACAAACUUUGAUUCCCGCCCGUCAGACAGCAACCUGAGCAGCAACAGCAACAACAGCAGCAACAGCAGCAGCAGCAACAACAACAACAACAAGACCACCAUCCCGACCACCACCAACAGCAGCAACAGCAACAGCAACAGCAGCAACACCAUCACCAGCAGCAGCAGCAGCAGCAGCAGCAAUGAAGUAAUAGAUUUAUGUUUGCUGCUGCGUGGUCGUCGUUUGCUGCUGCAGUCUGUCUGGCGUUUGCUGCGUUUAUAUAAACCGCUGCAGCAAAGGCAGCAAAAGCCUCGUGAUUUAUUUGCUGCAUUAGUAAGAGAGGCAAUAACUAAUAGAGUUAUACAUAUUAUACAACCAUUAUGUUCUCCUGCUGCUAUUGCUGCUGCUGCUGCUGCUGCUACAGCUGCAGGUACUUAUGUUGGACCACAUGGAAAUGCUGCUGCAGCUGCAGCAGCAGCAGCAGCAGCAGCUGCUGCUGCUGCUGAAGCUAAUGCAGCAACAGCUAAUGGGAAUGCAGCGGCAACUGCUACUAUGUCAGCAACUGCAUCAGCAGCAACAGCAGCAGCAGCAGCUGCUGCUGCUGCAGAGACAGAGACACCUGC